GGCGAAACUAUGGUAACUCCAGGCGGUGAAAGAGGGAAAGAGAAUUUAAAAAAUACCUAAACCCACUCGAUGUAAAUAAACAGACACCCGAAGCAAUCAGCUGAUCUCUCCUCCUGAGGGAUUUUUCCCCCUUUUCGCGUGGUGGGGAAAAAUAGGGCGUUGUGAGUGCAGAGUGAGUCUGUUUUUGGCUUAGAUCUUGGCCUUGUGACCCAGAUUGAGGGAGAGGUAGAGAUGGCACGUAAGCGUGAAGAGAGAGCUAUUAGAAAUGCACAGCGGGCAGCUCGGAAAGCCCGUGCUUCUCAAAGUGGGCAAGACCCAAGCUUCGUUUCCUUGAAGCAGCAGUUGGCGGCCAUGGGACUAACCCUAAGAGAAAUACCUGGAGAUGGAAACUGUUUAUUUCGUGCACUAGGAGAUCAGCUAGAUGGAACGCCAAACACACACCAAAAGCACAGACAAGAUGUUGUUGCUUACAUGCGACAGCAUCGCAGUGACUUUGAGCCUUUCGUUGAGGAUGAUGUCCCAUUUGAUAGGCACUUGAGCAACUUGGCUGAACUUGGAACUUAUGCUGGGAACGACUGUAUUGUUGCUUUUGCACGCCUUCAUGAAGUUAACAUUGUAAUUCAUCAACUAAAUGCUCCCCUUUGGCAGGUAAGUGGAAUUGAAGGUAAAAAAAAUAUUCGCGAACUCCACAUAUCAUAUCAUAAUGGUGAUCACUACAAUAGUGUGCGCAGAACUGGAGAUGUAACAACCAGUCCUGCAAGCAUCAAGUUAGCUGUUCAGGAAUCCUCAAAUGAUACCAAAGAUAAAAAGAAGAACGGGAGCAAAUCCCCCGAAAAGUCCUACAGUGAUGACUACUGCCAGGACUAUGGCCAGGAGUAUGGCCAGGACUAUUCAGUUUGGUCAGGGGAGGGUUACGACUACUCAGAGCCAGUGUAUGAAGGUCUCUCCAAGGAGGAGCAGAUGGUCAUUGAUAAGACAGGCUGUGAGGAUCUGCAGCUGAUCAGGUUUCAGCUGGAGGCCCAUGAGUACGAUGUGGAGGAAGCCAUUGACUCUACACUCAGCUAUGUUAUCUCACAGCAGAAAGGAGAAAACCCUCAAAUCACACUCAGCAGUAAUGGCAUAUGGGGACCAAAUGGGACCGGGACUCGCAUAUUUGGGGAGGGCGCAGCCACUCCCCUCGCCCCCCCAACAUCCAUCCAUCCAAGUUACCAAAAGAAGACAGCACAGGAGAAGCUCCAGCAGCGCUUGCGCACACAGCCGCACUUGUCUAACUCCAAACGCAAGGAGCUGAAGAAGCAGUUGAGGAAACAACAAGCAAAUGACAGGAAGAGGCAGCAGCAAGCAAGCUAUGACUCGGAUGACCCGACCUCAAACCCCAGUGAUGACUCAGAGGUUAUCAUCGUCAAAGACAUUGGUUGCCUGAGUAUUUAAGUGAUGUAGAUGGUACGCAAUACAUAAAGAUGUUAGAUACUUUACAAGGAUUUAGACAUUAGCUAUGAGUGCUGAUGGUAAGAAACAGAUUGAAAACAUUACAUGGAUGAAUUAUUACUUUAUAACUUUAUAUUAACUGAUGGUGCAUGACACAUCAGUGUUUAUUGUGAUGUAAAAAAUUAAAGAAUUUAAAUUGGAAGCUUUAUUGGGAGGGGAGGGGGGCAAAACUUGAACAAGAUAGUAAAUACUUUUUUUUGAGAUGGUUGACAUGCAUUUAUUAAAUCUCAUAUUCAAUUGAUACCUGUCAAGCAACAGAUUUUCAAAGAUAACAAAAGCAGUAGAUGAAGACAUCUUUUCAUUUAGCUUUGCCUUUGGCUCAUAGCAGUCAUGUGUGGAAAUGAUUGCACAAGGAAAAGAGGAAACAAGAAGAAAUAAUAAAAAAGACUAGUCGUGCAAAUAAAAGUCACUGUUUCUUUAUUUUAAGAUGUUUAUGAAGGAUCUCUGCCCAUUCAAACAAUUAAGAAAAACAAAUAGAAACAGGCCUUUUGUUAUUUUGUGAAUCUUAUUAUUUGGUGGAUCUUCAAGAUAGUGUUUGAGAUGGUUUAUCUGCCUGUAGGUCUGUAGGUCUUGGGGAGGGUGAAUACCCUUUGCAGAAAUAACCAUAAAAGUAAAAGGAAGAAGGAUAUAUCAUAUAGGUAAGUAAAA